AUGGCAGCCAAUCUCGAAGAGCAUCAUCUACCCAACAGACUCGAUGGAAAAAACCAUGAAUCAUCGGAGAUGUCCAAGGACAUAGAGACCGAGCUGGGCGUGGAAAGAAAAAAGGAUGCUAUAUCUAUCCCUGGUACCAGGUUGGAACCUAUAACACUGGAGCUGAGAAUUACGUCAAUAUUCUCACACUAUCCUCAAAAACGUCCAUGGGGCUUCUUCCCUGACAUGACCGCCUUGGGCUUACAGGAUUGGUAUCAGGGCCGCCACGACGCUUGGCUGAUUCUUCUCAUACCGCCUUGCUACACCCUCACCCUCGCACCGCUCCUCGGUAUGAGACAGUGGUGUCAGUUUCGUUACGUCUAUGGGAAGUACUUUAACCAGGUUAUCUCAUUCGUUGGCCUGUUGGGCACUGCCAUCUUUGGGAUAGUCGCCUCUGUCACAGGAGGUCAGACACUCGCCUCGGUCAAUCCAGGCACACUCUCCAUCGAAGGAGGCAUCGCCAUUAUUCUUCUCAUCGCCUGCUUCAUCGGUUUUAUGGGCUACAGAGCGUCUCGCUUCCGUCUUGCCUUUUACUUCCUUUCCGGAUUUGGUGUCAUAUUCUCACUGCUUAUGAUACUUGGUGCUGCCUUGGGAGGCGCUGCCCUCAUGAUACCUACCUGGGCCACAGCCCUUGAGCGAGGCGGAACUGGUGCCGUUGUUGGUGAGAUCCUGAUCUCACGACUAGGUAGAUUUGGGAGAUUCGUUUUGACUAUCCUCGCCCUCACCAUGGUCAUCGCUUCAGCAAGAGAUAUAUACAGUAUCUCCCUGGCCGCGCAAGCUGUGGUUCCAUAUCUCGAAAGGGUUCACAGGGCCAUCUUGGCACUAAUCACAACGGGUGUGCUCAUCGGCGUGGCAAUCCCCGCUUCAAAGUCAUUCAUAUCAUCACUCUCGGCACUGGUCUCGAUCCCAUCCUACACAUCUGGAAUCACGGUAACCACCUCUCUUAUUGGGUGGUCAUGGUUCCGAAGAGCAAACCCCGUUAGCAUGGACCCUGCCGUCUGGGAUGAUGGCAAAGCUCUCCCAUCAGGAAUUCCAGCCAUAGCUACUUUUGUCAUUGGUUGGGGUCCAAUUGUUUGUGGCAUGGAUACAGUAUGGCUUAGAGGUCCUUCGGCUGAGAUUGUCGGAGAUCUGGGGUAG